AUUUUUUGAACUGGACAAGUGGCAACACUGUAACUGGGAAGUUCUAACCUCUCGCCGCGUGGUUCAUUGAAUGUCAUAACCUUCUGUCGUUUUUAAUUUUAUUAUUAAACACAUAUUAUCAUCAUGUACGACGAUUUUAAUGACCAGUAUGACGGAGGAGAAGAAUAUGCUCAACAAGAUGAUGUCGAAUCAUAUAAUAGAAAUUAUAGAGCUUCACUGCCAGUUCCUGACGCCGUUAGGAAAUUUUUGAUAUAUUUUAGAAAUUGUAUUAAUGAGAGCAUGAUCUUUGAGGUACAAAAUCUUUAUGAGAAUUCAUUUCCAAAACUAACUGAACAGUAUUUCAAACAAGAAUCAUGGCCUGAUGAAAAUGCUGUUGCACACAUAGUUGACAAUGAUCCAGUUUUUUUGAUUCUUUAUAAAGAAUUAUAUUAUCGUCAAAUUUAUGCCAAUUUAACGGGACCAACACUCGAUCAACGAUUUGGAUCAUUUUACAAUUAUUGUGAUUUAUUUAAUUAUAUUCUUAAUUCAGAGAAUCCCGUUCAAUUGGAAUUACCAGAUCAAUGGCUUUGGGAAUUAAUUGAUGAAUUUGUUUAUCAAUUUCAAUCAUUCACGCAAUAUCGUGCAAAUCUUACUUCAAACAAAGAUUCUGAUGCUGAGGAAAUGUCAAUUUUAAAUUCACAAAAUAAAGUUUGGGACGUUCUUUGUAUUUUAAAUGUUCUACAUUAUUUAGUUGACAAAUCAAAAAUUAAAAGUCAACUUGAAGUCUAUGCAAGUGGAGGUGAUCCUGAUUCAGUUGCUGGAGGAUUUGGCCGACAUUCUUUAUAUAAAAUGUUGGGAUAUUUCUCAAUUGUUGGCCUAUUGAGACUUCAUUCACUUCUUGGUGAUUAUUAUCAAGCAAUUAAAGUUCUUGAAAAUGUUGAAUUAUACAAGAAAAAUGCUUAUUCUCAUGUUCCUGGAUGUCAAAUUUCAACUGCUUAUUAUGUAGGAUUUGCUUACAUGAUGAUGCGCAGAUACGCUGAUGCAAUUCGAACUUUCUCGAGUAUUUUGCUUUAUAUUCAACGAACUAAACAAUUGUUCUCAUCACCAAGUUAUCAAAAUGAUCAAAUCAACAAGCAAACUGAUCGUAUGUUGGUAUUAUUGGCAAUUUGUCUUGUUCUUCAUCCUCAAUGCAUUGAUGAAGGAUUAACACAAGCACUUCGUGAAAAGAAUUAUCAUGAUAAAAUGUAUAAAAUGCAAUGUGGUGAUUUAAAAGAAUUUGAGACUAGUUUCACUUUUGCUUGUCCAAAAUUCUUAUCACUACUUCCACCAACAACUGGAAAAAAAGAAGAUUACGGCAAAGAAGCUAUUAAACAUCAAACACAAGUAUUUAUGGAUGAAGUUGUUCAACAAAAAAUAUUGCCAACAAUUCGUUCUUAUUUGAAACUUUAUACAACAUUGCCAUUGACAAAACUCGCGACAUUUAUUUGUAGUUCGAGAGCUGAUGAAAAUUGGGAAAUUGAAAAGGAAGUCAAUACUUUAACAAUUCAAUUACUUUGUUUUAAGCAUAAAAUGAAAAAUAUUGUUUGGACCAAAGGCGCAUCUGGAUUAGAUGGAAGAUUCCAAUCCGGUUCUGAGUUGGACUUUUAUAUUGAUCAUAAUAUGAUCCACAUUGCUGAUACUAAAGUUGCACAUCGUUAUGGUGAUUUCUUUAUUCGCAAAAUUCUCAAGUUCGAAGAAUUGAAUCGCAAAUUGCAUCAUAUAAAAAUCUGAGUAUUGAUAUAAUAAUUUUGUAUUUUACUAUUUCCAGCUAUCUAAAUAAAAGUGUAAAGGAUUUUA